CGUACAUGUUAAUCAAAUAGUUACUUGGAACACAAAGGAAGGAGCAUUGGGAAUUCAACACUUGAGUUCCAAAAUGAAGAAUCCAAAAGUUGAUAAGGCUUGUUAUGCAAUGAAGGCCUUAGGUAUUUCCACUUGGAGAGUGAAACCCGUACUCAACAAACUUCUUAAGUUGUACGCAAAGCAUUGGGAAUUCAUCGAAGCUGACAAUUAUCGAGUUCUUGUAGAAGCUAUAAUCGACAACAAAAAAGAAAAGGAUGACGAGAGGGCGGGAGUUAAGAGGAAGGAGCCAAUGCGUGAUAAUGUGUCCGAACCUCUAAAGAAAAAGUUGCAUAAGGUUCCGGAAGAGGAUGAGGCAUCAUCCACAAUUGGUAGUGGUGAAAUAUCAGUGAUUCGUAAACCAGAUGACAUUGCUCCGCUUCAUUGCUCUCGUGGAACUUGCUCUGCCAUGCAGAAAGGGAAAGGUCAUCUUUCAUCCGCUAUGCUAUCUACUACCAAGAGAAUCACAUCUCGAAUAGGUUCAAAUUCGCCAUGCACUAAAUUCCCCAUAGAUGAAUCCGCUUCACUUCUAAUUCCGUAUAGAGGAAGUACCUCAAAGCUUCAUGCAGUGCUGCCAGAUUUAGUUGAGGGCUCUUCAAUGAGACUAGUAUCCGCAAAGUCAUCUCAAUGUAUGGACCAUGAAAAUACUGUAGAAAGCGCUUUAGCGUGCAGUAGUGAAAACAAAUUUGACAUUGUUUCACUGCCCUCAGGAAACGUGAAACUCUGUUGUAUCUUUCCACUUCGAAAUGUGAAUUCUCAUUCACCAGAUAUGGCUACAGUUCUGAAAUUAGUAGAAGAGGAGUUUCUACGAUCAUGUAAGAUCGUUGGGCCCCCUUUUUCGUUGAAAUCUUUACUGGAAGACAUUUGUAUGCGAUCUUAUGAAUUAUCCAAUGACUGUACAAACCAAUCUUCAAUUAGUACAUCAUCUGAAGUGAUUAGUCGAGAACAAUCCGUGGCCAUAAAAAGUGUUGAAACCUCAGAAGUUCACGAAAAUGAUAUGAAGCGACAGGCUCAAGUUUAUAUUGAUGAUAUUACUAAAGGUGAAGAAAAUGUGAAGAUUUCAUUAUUAGAUCAGCAUUGCAGCCAGCAACUUCCUACAUUCUUCUACAUAUCAAGAAAUAUAAUUUAUCAAAAGGCAAUCGUAAAUAUCUCAUUGGCUCGGAUUUCUGAUGAGGAUUGUUGUCCUGGUUGUUCAGGAGAUUGUCUGUCAUCACAAGUACCAUGUGCAUGUGCACGCGUAACUAAUGGUGAAUUUGCGUACACGAAUGAUGGGCUUUUGAAGUCAGACUUUUUAAGAGCUUGCUGCUCUCAGAAUCAGUUUAUUUAUUGCCAAGAUUGCCCAAUUGAGAGGGCUAAGAAUAAGAGAAAGCCUGCAAAAUGCUCAGGUCAUUCUGUAAAGAAAUUUAUCAAGGAAUGUUGGAGUAAAUGUGGCUGUAGUAUGCAAUGUGGUAAUCGUGUUGUCCAAAGAGGGAUUACACGCAGCUUGCAGGUUUUCAGGACGACUGAAGGGAAAGGAUGGGGCUUACGGACCCUGGAAGACUUGCCUAGGGGGGCCUUUUUAUUCGAGUAUGUUGGCGAGGUUGUAACGAACACCGAAUUAGAUGAGAGGAAUAAACGAAGUAGGGGCGACGAGAGGCAUACGUAUCCAGUUCAGCUAGAUGCAGACUGGGGUUCAGAAAGAAUUUUGAAUGAUGAUUUUGCACUCUGUUUGGAUGCUACAACAUAUGGAAAUGUUGCCCGUUUUAUCAAUCACAAAUGUUGGGAAGCCAAUUUGAUAGAGAUUCCAGUUGAAGUGGAGACUGCAGAUCACCAUUAUUAUCAUCUUGCUUUUUUUACAAAAGUAGACGUGAAAGCAUAUGAAGAGCUAACCUGGGAUUAUGGGAUUGACUUUGAAGAUGAACAUCACCCCAUCAAGGCAUUUCAAUGUCUUUGUGGAAGUGUAUUAUGCCGAGACAAUACUCAAAAAGAUCAUGCAACCUCAUUUAGCAUUCCUAGUUCCAUACGUAUAUAUGCAAAACGAUCUAGACUUAAAGUUGAAUGUUGUAAUGGAUUCUUAGUUAUGGAAAUUGCACUAGUGUUAUCACACUUGAUUGCUUAUGUCGUUGACAAAGGCAUUGAAUUCUUGCUUUUGGAACGCCAUGAAAUCAAAGAUGAUCCCAAGCAUUGA